AUGCCGAGAGUUAAGAAAAACCCAAACGCGGAGAGAAAAAGUCGGAUGGUAUACACGGAGAAGGACGAUAUGGAAAUGGUCCAAUACUUUUUGGAGCGGUAUCGUGCUGGCGAUCCUCUGGCUCAUAAGAAGCAGCCUCGGAAGCUGUUUGAGCCUUACACUCAAGCCAAGGGAUGGAAGCAAAUGCCACUUGCCGUAGAGUCUCAGUAAGUUUACAUUUUUGCACGGGGUUACGGUAAAAUUGAUGACUUUGUUUAUGGUUCGUUUUUCAGUUUCCGCAGACGUGUGAUUGGAAGGAAAAUGUACGACAUGAACCUGCCAGCUAACGAUUUCUUCAUUCUGGCCUAUCAUUUCAAUCUCAACAUCUCAUCAGAUCAAAAGAAAUUGUAAGUAAUUUUUGUGGCUUCACCUCAAGACUAUCAUCAUUUUAAUCUUGGAUUUCAGGCUGGAAGAUCGCUACGAAUGCACUGUCAAGAUAAACGAGCAUGGAGAAUUGGCCAGUGCUUACGACAAGAAUGGAGAACCACUUCAUCUGCGGGUGUUGGCCGAUGGAGAGAGGCCUGAGGAAGCGGCCGAACUUUGGGCACAGUCGAUGGCGAGAAGGAGAAAACAAGGCGUUUCCAGACGUGCCAGGUAAAGGAAUCAAAUUGACUUUGACUAAUACGGUCUCGAUAUAUCUAAUUUAAUGUUUUUAGCGAAUCCGAUAUUUCUUCAAUUUGCUCUGGAGAUGACAGUUCUGAAGGCGAAGAAGAGAACACUACCCUUCAACCGUCGGAAUCUACGACCGUAAUCUAUGACCAUUUCCAUACAGUAUCUCCAAGCAAAGUCAAAGAGGAGCCUAUGAGUGAUCAGGAGAUGACCGAAGAGUCUGACAGUCUCGUUGAACCAGUCGAUAUUAGUCGACCAAACUCUGGAGACUCGGCGAAUGGAGCUUAUCAAAAUGGGGGUUCGUGUGUUGCAGAGGAAUCAAAUCGCUCAACAAGAACUACUUUGAAAGAGCGAUAUGGAGCUGUAGUCAGAGGAGCUUUGCCCCCGGGAAUGCUGGAUGACCUGCCGAUGCUGAAGGAAUCAAAAGGAUGCAAGAAGAUGAUCCAGAUGGUAAGAAUUUUUGAGCAAUAUUUAUUAGUCUUUAUGGUGACAAUAUUAGUGUCGAAUUUUUAGCUCAAAGACAUCCUGAUUACGAUCAACACUGGCACCGAAGAAGACUUGAAAAAGUUUGAUCAGACACAUGAGUUGGUCAAAAGUCGGGCGCCAGAUUCCUCCAGGGUCAUCUUAACACCGCGGAGACAUAGAAAUUCCCAGAGACAAGCCGCUUCUGUGGCUCCACAGGAUCUACCGAACAAUGUUUCCAGAGAACAAUUAAUGGAGCCAGUGCCGGAGGAUCUACCGAACAAUGUUUCCAGAGAACAAUUAAUGGAGCCAGUGCCGGAAUAUGAUGAUCUACCGAUUCAGAACGAUAUUGAGGUAAGAUUUGGCAGUGCUCGAAUCGGCUUGUCAUUUUUUUUUAAAGUUUUACAGUAGAGGCCCUGAUCCAGUGGCAAAAAACGUACCAUUUUGCAUCCGGGAAGUAUUAAAAAUGUGGCAAAAUGCUUCCCUCUCCAAGUGGAAAAACUCCGUUUUGAAGAGCGCGACUUUUACCUCACUAAAAGAGCGAGCGCGCUUUUGAAAUCGGAGUCUUUCACUUGGAAAUGGAUGUAUUUUGCCACAUUUUUGAUACUUCCUGGAUGAAAAAUGGUAUGUUUUUUGCCGCUGGAUCAGGUCCGCCACUGCAUCAAGAUCAAUUUUUAGAACAACGCAGAAACUUCUUAUAUGGGUUCAACAGAAGCCGCGGUUCCUGACUUCUUUCCGGAUGAGGCUGCGUUGAGCGAGGAGCUCGUUCAAAACCCACCGAACCCGCAUCAAUACGAUCAGGAGCUCCCUGCUGCCACUCCGAAUUCAAGGGGCCCAUAUCAUCGUCCGGAAUGCCGUCAACUUUUCAACAAGCCGAAUGGGAUUCAGAACAUUCCAAAUCAAGCGAAUAGAGUGCCAACUCAUGGUAAGUUCAUGCUUCGUUUCAUUGAUUGUAUACGCCGUUUCGUGUUAUUUCCUUGCUUUAUCAGUCAUGAAUUAUCAGCCUACCGAAAGCCAGCCCUAUCCACCAACGCCAAAGCGGGCUCUUUAUUACACUCGACAAAUAAUCCGGAAGUCCAACAGCUAG